AGAUCCAUCCCCACUUAACAUGUCAAUCAGGAUUAAUGCCUUUAGAAAACUCCCCUCAGGUUCAUCCAGGUCCUUUCACUAGUUGAAGUCUCGUAGCCGGGGCAGAGGCGGUAACAUAUAAGGCAGGACGGGACGAGGAAGGAAAGGAGAGCAGAGCGGCCGCAACAGUCAAAGCCCAGCGGUUUCAGUAGCGCACAGCACGGAGAGUCAGCCGCGUCGUUGUCCGUGCCAGCGGUCGACAGGCGUUAUGAGCGAUCAGUCACACUUUUCGACAGCCUGACGCACGUCGCCUAACAUGCCACAGCGCCUCGAUGUCAAAGGCUCCCCCUGUUUUUAUCGUUCGCCUGUGGAUUAUUGAUGCAAGCUUCAGACAUCCCGUUGUUUGCAUGCGGAGAAACUUGCAGGAACGUACCCACUGUUUUUUUUGCACCCUGCCCAGUGUCGGAGGACAUCACAAGUGCGCGUAAAAGUUGCGUAAAAGACAUUAUCUAACUUGUAGCUGUGCCCGAGGACUGUCCCGAGAUGGAUUUGAAGAGCGUGGGCUGCAUGUUUCUGUUCCCGGUUCAGAUGCUGUAUUAUAUAGUCAAAGCAAGUUUGUUUUCGCUGCUGCCAAGCAGAAGGAAGGACCUGACCAAGGAGGUGGUAUUGAUCACGGGUGGCGGACGAGGCAUCGGCCGUCACCUGGCCAAAGAGUUUGCCAAGCAGGGGGCCAAAAAGGUGAUCUUGUGGGGCCGAACAGAAAAGUGCCUCAAAGAGACAGCUGAAGAGAUCUCUCUCUCAGGAACAGAGUGCCAUUACUUUGUGUGUGAUGUGGCCAAUCGGGAGGAAGUAUAUAAGCAAGCCAAGGUGGUUAGAGAAAAGGUGGGAGAUGUUACGAUAUUGGUGAACAACGCAGCUGUGGUCCACGGUAAAAGCCUGAUGGACAGCGAUGAUGACGCCCUUCUGAAAUCCCAGCACAUCAACACCAUGGGACAGUUCUGGACUACCAAGGCCUUCCUGCCACGGAUGCUGGAGCUGCAGCACGGCCACGUCGUGUGCAUAAACUCCAUCCUGUCCCAGUCGCCCAUCCCUGGGGCCAUAGACUACUGCACGUCCAAGGCCUCUUCACUGGCCUUCAUGGAGAGCCUGACCCUGGGCCUGCUGGACUGUCCAGGUGUUGGCUGCACCACUGUGCUCCCCUUCCACACCAACACAGAGAUGUUCCAGGGCAUGAGAGUCAGAUUUCCCCAGCUCUUUCCACCACUCAAACCCGAGACAGUUGCCCAGAGGACUGUCGAUGCAGUCAGAACUGACAAGGCCUUCCUCUACCUGCCCUGGACCAUGCAUGCCCUUGUCAUUCUUAAAAGCUUCAUGCCCCAAGUUGCACUUGAAGAAAUCCACAAGUUUUCUGGAAGUUAUACCUGCAUGAACACGUUCAAAGGGAGGACAUGAGCCUGGAUUGUGCAGAAUGUCAGAGCAACCUCAACCACUCUGGGGUAUAAUGAAGGGAAUAUUUUAUGGACCUUAAGACAUUGGGAUGUGCAGGAGGCCCUAUGAUAGUGUGAAGCAAAAUACUUAGGGGACAUUCGCAAGGUUGUUGCUCCUGCAGGUAGAAUUGAUUCACAAACUGCAGGAUACACCCCGGUCCCGUUUGUGAUCUUAAGGGUUUGUGUUUGUUUGUGUGUGUGUGUGAGUGUGUGUGGGUGGGUGACUGUGUAUAAAUGUGUGCGUGCAUGCAUGUGUAUAGUGCGGAGUACUGAGUACCAAUCUCACUUUGAACAGAAGCCAUUCAUAGGUCUGUACCAGCAGUUAUUCUGGGAGUCUUGUGUUUUUUACACUCCUUUUAGUCUGUUUUUAUGCCUCUUUUUUAUCCUACUUUUCAUGUGUCUUUGAAUCCAAACAUGUUAUUAAAAUGGAGUUUUAGAGAAGCACAGUGUUUCUUUGUGCAUGAUGAAAAUAGAGAAAGUGAACUCCUGGGAGGUGCCAUUGUUGUCUGUCUGGGUUUGACUCCCAUGGCACUGUGAUAACACCUCUGAUUUAUUCCAAGCAUGAGAUCACUGACUGUGACAGACGAUGUUGUCAAAACAUAAAACACAUGCUCGGGGGGGCAUGUGCAUGCUUGCUUGUUCUCUCCUGUCAGAGGAUGGUGCAGGGAGGCGGUGGGGUGCUUCGCCAUCAACACCAUGAAUUCACAACAAGCUGCUCCAGCCUCUCCUCAGAUGUGCAUAGUGGCCUUUACCCCAGCGGAAGAGGCACACACACACGUUUGCCACAGACUUGAAUGAAGAAGGGCAAGGAAACGUGACGGCAGCAACCUUACUGGCGGCCUGUAAUGAUCCCAGUGCAAAAAGUAAUUAGAAACACAGACGUGGUUUCUAUCAAGUCAGAAGAAAGCCUUAAUUAAAAUGACAUUUCUCUUUCAUGAACA